GCCCUGCUGCAGACCCGAGAGCCCUGCAUGCGCCUCCCUCCCCGGGAGGCCUGUCACAGACCUGUCAGCGGAGUCCUCCUAGGGAAGGCCUCCGGCCCGCACUCCUCAGGCCACCGGCCCCGGCUGCGGCCUCCCUUUCUGCCCCUGGCCUCCUGCCCAGGCUCUGGGCCUCAGCCGCCAGCCCCAGGAGUCAGGGCAGCUGCAGGACUGGCUCCUCGGGGUGAAGGGCCUCGGGAGGAUCCCCUCCGGGUUUGGUCAGGACGCCGCCGAGGAGGGGGAGGGCCUGAUACUCGGCCAAUGAGCGGGGCGCUGAGCCGCCGCGUCGGGCAACACCUCUGUCCAGGGCUGGCCCUUCCCGGGCCCGGCAGGUGUGGGGCCGGGCCGGCCGGCGGCCCGGCGCUGGGCUAGCAGGGCCGGCGCGGGGGGCCGGGAAGGGCCGGCCGGCCGCUCAGGUUCGCAUCCAGGGAUUUCAUACACGCCCUCCCUCCCGCUUAUUGGGGUGCCCUUUCGUGUGGGGGUACGGGCCAGCCUGCAGGCCACGAGCCACUUUGACACUGAUAGUAAUGGGCGAUCCACGGAGAGCGGGAAGGAAAGGCUGCUGUGGACCUGGGGCACGGAUUCCGUGGCAGGAAAUCAGACACUAGGAAAUGCAAUAGGAAUUUGAACGGGGGGGCGGGGGGGGGUUCCAGUUAGAGGAAGUGGGACGAAGAAGUAAUCGCAGAAGCUUUCAUUUUCUUUAUUAAAUCUUUCCUAUGGACUUAGAGUAGCUGGACCCAGUUUUUCAGGGUCAAGAGUCAGUAGCUUCUUGUACCCCCCCCAAACUGUACGCUAUGAAGAUUGCACGCUCUCUUGCGCAUCGUGGCCAUCUGCAAAUGAGAUUUGUUCCCGAAGCUCAUGAGAAUCUCAACAUUUUUUGGAGAAUGAGGUGGCAUGCUUUCGACUUUCUUGAUACAACUCACGAGCAUUUCUGGAAACUUUGACCUUGAAGAUGGUGAGUAGCCAGCCAAAGUACGAUCUAAUACGGGAGGUAGGCCGAGGCAGUUACGGUGUUGUGUAUGAAGCAGUCAUCAGAAAGACCUCUGCACGGGUGGCAGUGAAGAAGAUUCGAUGCCAUGCACCUGAAAAUGUUGAACUAGCCCUGCGUGAGUUCUGGGCCCUAAGCAGUAUCAAGAGCCAACAUCCAAAUGUGAUUCACUUGGAGGAAUGCAUCUUACAAAAAGAUGGGAUGGUGCAAAAAAUGUCCCAUGGCUCUAAUUCUUCCCUUUAUUUACAGCUUGUAGAGACUUCAUUAAAAGGAGAAAUUGCCUUUGAUCCCAGAAGCGCCUAUUACUUGUGGUUUGUGAUGGAUUUUUGCGACGGCGGAGAUAUGAAUGAGUAUCUGUUGUCCAGGAAACCCAAUCGUAAAACUAACACCAGCUUUAUGCUUCAGCUGAGCAGUGCUCUGGCUUUCUUGCAUAAAAACCAGAUCAUCCACCGAGAUCUUAAGCCUGAUAACAUCCUGAUUUCUCAAAGCAGGUUGGAUACCAGUGACUUGGAACCCACACUGAAAGUGGCCGAUUUUGGUCUCAGUAAAGUUUGUUCAGCCUCUGGGCAGAACCCAGAAGAACCUGUCAGUGUAAACAAGUGUUUCCUUUCCACAGCGUGUGGAACAGAUUUCUACAUGGCACCUGAAGUGUGGGAGGGACAUUACACAGCAAAAGCUGACAUCUUUGCUUUGGGGAUUAUCAUCUGGGCAAUGCUGGAAAGGAUCACAUUCAUAGACACAGAGACAAAGAAGGAACUCUUAGGGAGUUAUGUAAAACAAGGAACUGAGAUUGUGCCCGUUGGAGAGGCGCUUCUGGAAAAUCCCAAAAUGGAACUUCUCAUUCCUGUGAAGAAAAAGUCUAUGAAUGGGCGAAUGAAACAACUGAUUAAGGAAAUGCUGGCUGCAAACCCUCAGGAUCGUCCAGAUGCUUUUGAACUAGAACUCAGAUUAGUACAAAUUGCAUUUAAAGAUAGCAGCUGGGAAACGUGACACAUACAUUGUUUGCAAAUAUCUCGGAUGGUAUGCUGCUUAUGUUUUCACAGUGAUGCAACAACAUAAUGUGGCUGAAAAAGAAUAUAAAAAGCUAAACUCCACCUUCUAAGGGUUUAGAUUUUAUUGUGGGGUGUUUUUUUUUUUCAUUUUUCUUAAGUCCAAGCUGGCCAUUUUGUUAGUAUGUUUUAAGUGUGUAUUACCAAUGUGGGUGUACAUUUUUUAAAAUGAUCAUUGGAAGUUUGGCAGGAAAAUUCUCUAAGAGCCAAGAGGAGAAGAAAGUCCAGUUUUCUGGAAAUAAGUCUCUAAGUAUUUUAGACAUUCCUUGUCAGUAUUAGGAAUUUCCAUGGAAGAAGAGGUUUGCAUGCUGGUAAUGCAACCUUUGAAGCUUUGUAAAGGAAACAUAUAUGUAUAUAUUUAUGUAUAUGUAAGUAUGUGAAUGUGUGCAUUUUGCAUUCCAUAUGAAGAAAAUGCCACUUCUGUUUAAAUUAUUUGAUGUAGGUUUGGGUUUUUGAGAUUUGCUGGUGAAAUCAGUGAUAAAAAUAAAAGAACCUUCCCUCAUCUUCCUACCCUGUCCUUCCCUCUAAUGAAAUCAUACCACAUUUUUUAUUUUUGUAAUAUUAUACAGCUUUUUUUUUAAGGCAUCAUUUUGGAGGGUCUAAAAUUAUCUAACUAAACAUAAAAUUAAGUGAUCCAAAGCUGCUGAAGUAUGUUUGAGCUCUCCAGUGCCCUAUAGCUGCAGGAGUUGAAUUAGCCAUGCAAUCAUGUGGUAGCAGGUUGGCAAGGACCUUGAUUCAAUCACCUUCUUUAAGUAACCAAGCAUUCAAUUAACCAAUUAAACCACUGCACUGGAACAUGUCUGCACUUGAGCAUCUGCAAUCUGAUAUAAAUCUGAACACAGGAUUCCUCUGUUUCCGAAAACUUUGCUAUAUAUGAACUGCCCUACUUGAUAUAUUAAUUUUUGAUUUCAAGACUUUGUCUAAGCCUCAGCAUAAAGUUGAAGAAAUCAAAAGAAAUCUACCCUCACAUCGCCUGCCCUGAUAUGGUCUCUUGUGUAAUCACUGGAAUUCCUUUCGUUUUAGCACUAAUGCUAUUUUCUCUUGUCUAAUUUGACACAGUAAUGAUAGUGAUAUGGUUGUGUUAAAUGUUGAUCACCUUUUUCUAAAGUGGGAGAUGAUACCUAUACAGUGUGACAAAUGGAUAAAAUAUUGUGGCAUCAAUUAUAUCUUUCAAGUAGAAACAUUAUUGAUUUUAUACAAUCACACUUGGUAUGGUCUAUGUAAAAAACCAAUAGACUGUUACUCUUCUUGAAGUUAGUUUGAUUUUUAACCCUGUAUGGUUGUCUCCAGUUUGUUUUCCUAUAUACAUGCAGAGAAUUAAAGUCUAAGGAAAGUUUUCCUAAAACAGAAUAUUAGCCUUUAAGGUUAGAUAGACUUUAAGACCAUUGUAUCUAGGUUAGUCUUUAUAAAGCACUAGAAUCUUUGGUCAAAGUAAAAAAAAAAAAAAAAAAAAAAAAAAGUAUUAGAAUACUGAAAUUGUUAAUAGUUUCAUGGUCUCCUCGCUUUUUUUUUUCUUGAGUUUUUUUUUUUUUUAAUUGAAGCAUAGUUGGCACCCAAUGUGUCUCCUCAGUUUUUUUGAACUUCUACAACUUUUGGAAUUUUGCUAACAUAAUUUUUCCUUAUUUAAAGUGUAUUUGGGGACUAGAGAAGGUGAAAAAGCACAAAAAAUUAGAGUAUGUAAAAUUUCUGAACUAUGUGUUACUUGAUCUGGAAGUUUGAAAUUUGGACUGAAAGGCUUUAUUGAACUAAAGCCUUUUAUUAUUUUUUUUAAUAAACCUUUUAAAAUAAAAAAAUCAUAUACUUUUAACAUCACUUUCAAGCCAAUAAAUACAAGAAACUUUUUGGAAAUUAGAGGUGGAAAUACACUGGAACCUCAUGACCAUUGACCCUCUGGAUCACCAAAUUACUAUAACACAGAUCUGGCCAAGGGGAUUGAGUUAUUGGAAGUGAAAAGUAUUCUAGUGUCACAUCAGUAAGGUGGCACUUCAGCAGAGAUUCAUGAUGAUUCAGGAGAUAGCAUGCCGGUGCUUCAUUUGCUCUUCAAAUAUCUAUGUGCUUAGAGUCAUGGUUCCCUAAGUACAUAGUUUUGGUCUUGCUUCAUUUAAAAUAGCUAACAAUUACUUAUUUUGAAAGAUUUCACCUGUGAAGUGGAAAUCUUUCCUUCAUUGGCAGCAAAGGUAUGAGGUGAUCAGGAGGUUUCUUCUGGAAUUUUCUCAGUCCUUGUAUUCUAAAAUAGCCUAUGAUACCAAGCAAAAUGAUAGUAAAUUCUUUGUCUCUAUUUGUUCUUUUGGUCAGGAGGUAUUUAUUAAGUACCUACUGUGAGCUCAGCACUAAAGGUCAGUUGAUAAAAUGACAGUUUAAAAAUGGUAUAUAACCCUACAAGCCUUUUCCAGCCAGGAGUAAGAAAUAAAAGGUUAGCGAUACUUGGAAAUUCCUGGAUAUUUGCUAGAGGAAAAACGAAAGCAAGAAUUUGUGCACAGUGCCUUGCCCAUAAUAGGUACUCAAUAAACAAUUAUUAUUCCUCAGAGUCUCUUGCCAUGGUUUAUAGUGUUUUAUGAAAUUUGUCUUAAUUGAAAAAAGACCAAAUAUUUCAAAUAAGCUCAUAGGCAGCUGUGGCCAGUUAAAAUAUGGGGUUGUACAGUUAGUUCCUAGAAUGUUAUUUUGCACUAGAUGUCACUUAGAAAGAUGGGGUUCCUGUAGAUUUUUGGUGCUAAGGGAUACUUUGUCAUUAUGAUGAAGUAAGUGUUAAGUGUCAGAUAAAUAGCACACUGAAUAGUUCUUUCUGCUGGUCUGUUUUUUCCUCUUUGUUGUUGUUGUUGUUGUUUUUAAUUGUAAAAUGUUUAUCAAUCAAACUAUUGUAGCAGCUACAAAAUAAUUCACCAGCAUGACAAAAUGGUCAAAAAAUAAGUCAUCAGCACUUCAAAAAUGAAAGCAACUUUUGAAAUUUUCUUUUAAAAUUGUCAAAUAUAUUUUAUGAAGAAUUUAUAAAAGGGGGAAAUGAUUGUAAUUUAUUGUUCAUGACUGUUUUUUUUUUAAAUAAAGUGAGUUUCAACAACAAAAAAAAAACCCUGAAAUUCUAUAUUGCUGAUUUGGUGGCUCUGUAUAGUUCUGUAGUGCUUUACUUCAUGAACAUAAAAUAGAGGGUAUAAAAUUUGAAACAAUGUCAUUUUCAGCCUUAUCUAUUAAGUGAAACUUUCUGUAAUAGAAGCUAUUACUGAGGAAAAGAUGAUUGGAUUAUAGGAAUUUCAGCAUUUCAAGUUCUCUAAAAUUUUAAUGCUUACUAUCUUGCUGUAUUUGUCAGAAGAACUUAUAUUGCCUGAAAUAAAUGUUUUUUUUUCC